AUGGGUUCAGUAUUGCCUGCAGAAGCUCUAAUGCUGAAAUCCGGAUACAAAUCUCAGAAUCGUUCCUUGUCUGAAAUCAUCACCUCGGACAUUCUACACAGUUUCCUCUAUGGCCGCUGGAGAAAUGUUCUGGGGGAGCACCUUUUUGAGGAGAAGACCAACAGCAUCAGUCCCAAAACUGCCUUCACUGCCGAGGUCCUCGCACAGUCCUUCACCGGUGAGGUGCAGAAGCUGUCGAGUCUGGUCUUACCCAGUGAGGUCAUCAUCGCGCAAAGCUCCAUCCCUGGGGAGGGCCUCGGGAUUUUCUCCAAGACUUGGAUCAAAGCCGGCACCGAAAUGGGCCCCUUCACGGGAAGAGUCACCUCUCCUGAGCACGUGGAUUUACUGAAGAACAAUAAUUUGAUGUGGGAGGUUUUUAACGAAGACGGGACAGUACGCUACUUCAUCGACGCCAGUCAGGAAGACCACCGUAGCUGGAUGACCUACAUCAAGUGUGCUCGCAACGAGCAGGAGCAGAAUCUGGAGGUGGUGCAGAUUGGCAGCGGCAUUUACUACAAGGCUUUAGAGACUAUCCCCCCAGACCAAGAGCUGCUCGUCUGGUAUGGAAAUUCCCACAACACUUUUCUUGGCAUACCUGGAGUUCCCAACACAGAAGAUGAACAGCAGAAAAAAAGCCGAAAUGAGGAUUCACAGAACAGCGACGGCUCCUCUUCCUCCUCCUCCUCCUCUUCCUCCUCCUCCUUGUCGGUGCCUGCGUCCGCCGCCACGAGCCGCAUGCGCUGCGUCAUCUGCCACCGGGGCUUCAACUCGCGCAGCAACCUGCGCUCGCACAUGCGCAUCCACACGCUGGACAAGCCCUUCGCCUGCCGCUUCUGCAACCGCCGCUUCAGCCAGUCGUCCACGCUGCGCAACCACGUGCGCCUGCACACCGGCGAGCGGCCCUACAAGUGCGAGGUGUGCCAGAGCGCCUACUCGCAGCUGGCCGGCCUCCGCGCCCACCAGAAGAGCGCCCGCCACCGGCCAGGGGCCGAGGCCAGCCCCCAGCAGAUGGCGCCACCGCCUCCCAUGCCCCACCCGGCCGUGUCCCUCAUCCACCACCACCACAUCCCUACCAUGGUGCUCUGAUAGACACGUGGGGUGGUGUUUCUUGUUUUUUUUUCUGUUUUCCUCUUCAUCUCCCCAGACAAGUUGUCAUGCAAAACAACACUGCACUUUACUGCUCACAAAGAGGAACACGCAAGGAAGGCAGCACUCACAAUGUGGACUGGAGUCAGCCACAUAGACACAGACUG